UAAACACAGGCUAUCACAAAGUAGUGUGACUUAAGGAGGUAUUUUAAGGUUAAUAUUUGUAUAAACAGAAGUGGAAGGGGAGGGAAAUUUAGGUAAGCACGGGAAGAGCAAAAUCAUGGGGGAAGGACAAGUACAACACAGGUAGUGGGCAAAUGAUGCUUGUGUGGAAGUAUAGAAUAAGAUCAGAAAGGUAGGGUGGGACCAAACUCUGGGGGCUGGGUGAUUGGAGGCAAGUGCAGCCUCUAUUGGUUCUUGAAACAUUAUUGUCAUAGAAAUUCUAUAUGCAAAUGAAGCAUCAAGGGCUAGAAGUCAUUCCUAUACUCAAGUGAGCAUUCUCUGGGAGCACUUUCCCCUGUAGGGUUCAGCAAUUUAGAAAUCCAUGCUAUUUUUUGUGAUCUCUGCACAUACUCAGGGGUGUUUUCUGUUCCUAUCACUUUCAGCCAACUCAACAGCUUCUAAGUCAUUGCAGAGAGGAACAUAAAGUGCGUCAUGACUCACACCAACUUUACCAUCUUCUACCCUGCAGUGUUUGUCCUGCUCGGCAUCCCUGGGUUGGAGGCUUACCACAUUUGGCUGUCAAUACCCCUUUGCCUCAUGUAUAUCACUGCAGUCCUGGGGAACAGCAUCCUGAUAGUGGUCAUUAUCACAGAACGUAACCUCCAUGAGCCCAUGUAUUUCUUCCUCUCCAUGCUGGCUAUCACAGACAUUCUACUGUCUACCACUACUGUGCCCAAGGCGCUAGGUAUCUUUUGGCUUCAUGCCCAUGAUAUUGCCUUUGAUGCCUGUGUCACCCAAGUCUUCUUUGUCCAUGUGAUGUUUGUGGGGGAGUCAGCCAUCCUGUUAGCCAUGGCCUUUGACCGUUUUGUGGCCAUUUGUGCCCCCCUGAGAUAUACAACAGUGCUAACAAGGCUUGUCGUGGGAAGGAUUGCUCUGGCCAUUGUCACUCGAAGCUUCUGCAUCAUCUUCCCAGUGAUCUUCUUGCUGAAGCGGCUGCCCUUCUGCCGAACCAACAUCAUUCCCCAUUCCUACUGUGAGCAUAUUGGAGUAGCACGUUUAGCCUGUGCUGACAUCACUGUUAACAUCUGGUAUGGCUUCUCAGUACCUAUUGUCAUGGUCAUCUUGGAUGUGAUCCUUAUCGCCCUGUCUUACUCACUGAUCCUCCGAGCAGUGUUUCGUUUGCCUUCCCAGGAUGCUUGGCAUAAGGCCCUCAGCACUUGUGGUUCUCACCUCUGCGUGAUCCUCAUGUUUUAUGUUCCAUCCUUCUUUACCUUAUUGACACACCGCUUUGGGCGUAACAUUCCUCGACAUGUCCAUAUCCUGCUGGCCAAUCUUUACGUGGUAGUGCCACCAAUGCUCAACCCCAUUGUCUAUGGUGUGAAGACUAAGCAGAUCCGGGAGAGUGUAGCCCACUGGCUCUUUGACAUCAAGAAUUGGUGCUGUGCCUCUCCUCUGCGCUGAUGGAUCCCCAUGAAUCUCCAUGCCCAGCUUCAGCAAAGAAGCUAGGUGUGAAAUAUAGAGAUUUCCUGGACUGAGAGGGCUUUUCUUUCUCCUCUUCUUCCUCUUCUUUCGACUUCAUCCUCCUCCCUCCACUUUUCUAUUUUUAUCUUCUAGCCCUUCCUCUUUGCU